AUGCAGUCGGGAAAAGCAGGAGAAUCAGCAACCCCAGAAAAAUCAACCCCAGAAAGACCAGCAAAACCAAAGCCAGCAAAAACAGGUCCAAUAUAUACCUACAGAGGAUUUUUCCCCCCAAUUCUUCCAGAAUCCUAUAUCGGAUGGGCGCCCAUCGACGGUACAAGCGUCAGUGCCAAGAUGUUCUUGAAGUAUCUUGAUGAGAUCACGAACCUCAUAUCGCUAUGGAAUUGGAAUGCCAUCGAGAUGUUUCACGGUACCAGGGGCGAUGGUAGUUCAAAUGAUGCAUUGGUCAUCACCAUAUUUCCCUGCGAAAAAGAAAAGAUUCCAUGGAUCGUUCGAGCACUCGAGCCCUAUGGCGCUUUUCUCGAAGCCGACGUGCUAGUGCAAACUGGCACUCCAAGCAGGCAGGCUGAGCCAUUGAAUAAUGGGGGAUCUAUAUCAGCCGCCCUCAACUCCACCCGUAUCGGUUCUGUCGGAGGUUUCCUCAAAAUUGGUGAUGAGAUCGUUGGAACAACAUGCCACCAUGUCAUCUUUGGUGGUAACGAUAAUUCCAAGCCUAUUACAGACAGAUAUAGCCCGGAUAAACAGGUGGGUGUUAUGCCUGAUAAUAGGGGAAUAACAAUUUCUAGUCCGUCCUAUGGGCUCUACGAAAAGGUUGCUAUGAAGGAUGUGGAAUUAGCUAAUAAAAGGAAGGACGAGUACAAGAAAUAUUGUAUAGAUGGAGACCGGAUGCCAGAGGAUAUGGAUAAGCACGAUCUGGAUGUAGCUCACCAUGAACAAGUAUUGGAGUUGACGCGAAGGCGGUGUUGGGCCGGGACGAUCAAGUACGAUUGCGGAGAAAUGCAUUUAACAGAAUGGUACGGCCGUAGGACAACUGUCGACUGGACCAUUUUCUCUAUUGAUCCCUCGAGAAAGAUCACGCAACCGAUUAAUACACUGUAUCUCACCGACAUUACUUCUUACCGCGAAAAUACUUGUGAUAUAAAGACGUUUCACAACCUCGGAGAUAUUGCGACCCGUGGUGGAAUGGAUGUCUGGAAAUACGGGUUUAGAUCCAAGUGUACCAGAGGGAGAACCAACGGUGUUUGGAGUAGAAUUUAUCUGGGCCCGGUGGAGCAAUCACCGAGCGCGAAUAGGGCAUAUACCGACGAGAUUUGUAUCAUUGCAGAUCCGGGAAAGAAGUUCUCUGUCGAUGGUGAUAGCGGUGCUUGGGUAGUGGGGACGAAUCAUGACCUGUUGGGAUUUUUGUUCGCUGGUGUUUCGGAUGAGCCUCCUUAUAGAUCCUAUAUGAUGGAUAUACACCUUCUCUUGACUAAAAUAAGAGCUGUUACUGGUGUCGUUCCUGAACUACCUCUUCCGACUGUGGAAAAGGCGCAAGACCCACCACCACCUGCAGACGUCUUGUACCCUAUCCUCGAUGCAAUCAGGGCUAGUGUCAACCGCCAUGGCAUUCAAUACGCAGAAACAUUGCCGCAAAGACCGGAAACAUAA